AUGGGGUCGGCAGAGACAGUGAAGCGACCACAAGAGGAAGCCAAUGCCGCCGCGAUUGCAAAUGUCAACGGCACGAACGGUGAACGGGCGCUGAAGAGAAUGAGACUCGAAGACUCAUCAUCAGCUGCCCAGGAUGCAGCCGAAACCACAGCAACACCGAGGCCCAGGGUCAAGGGAGUUGCUCCAAUCAAAAGAGAAUACCUCAUCUUAGCACCGAGCCAAGCAGAGAAGGUCGCCGAAACCAUCGACGAUGCUGCUGCCGAAGGGCGGAUUGCUUCCGAACCCCAGGAAGCACAGCAAGCCGGGAAGAACGGAAAGCGGAAGAAGCAGAAGGGCCAGAACAAGGAAAGAGAAUUUGGCUCCUUCUCGGAUGCCAAGCGACUCUGUAACUCGGUCGCUUGGACUCCCGAGUUCUCUCCUAGGCCCUGCAAGCAUGGCGACCGCUGCAAUGCGCUGCACGAUAUCCGCAAGUACCUGAAAGAAGGCAGACGGUCCGAUCUCACUACUUUUGGAGGCAAAUGCCCAGUCUGGGAGAAGUACGGCCGAUGCCCGUCGGGCUGGCGCUGUCUGUUCAUUCAGAGUCAUAUGGACGAAGCCGAACGCGAGGAUGGCCGGUCAGAGCUCGUCCUGGUGGGUAACGCUCGCAAGCAGUCCGAAGACGGGGAGGAGGAGGCGGGCGAAGUCUGGCCUGGCGUGGUUAACAUGGUGUCUGCUGCUACCAAGAUCGACCUGUCCAGGAAAAGGAUUAAGCUGGAAAAGUCGGAUCAAUACUUGGACUGGCUGGCCAAGGAUACCGAGCGCUACCGGGACCACUACCACAAGCACAAGAACGAGGCGGACGAGUCAAAGGAUUACAGGGCGCAGUACGUCGAGCCUCCCUUCAAGCCAUCCGAGAAACGGAGGGUCUAUUUCGGUCGAGAGACACCCGUUCUUGCGCCCCUUACGACACAGGGCAACCUCCCCUUCCGUCGCCUCUGCGUCGAGCUUGGUGCCCAGCUCACAUACUCGGAGAUGGCUCUGGGCCUGCCCUUGUUGCAGGGCCAAAAAGCGGACUGGACGCUGAUGAGAGCGCACGAGACCGAGAUUGGUCCCCCUCGGUUCGACCCUAGCGGGCCUGUUGUUCAAGGUUACGAUAACCCGAAAGACCUCAAGUUCGGCGCCCAGAUCGCAGCCAAUGUUCCAUGGGUCGCCAUCAAAGCCACUGAGGCCCUGUCUCGGUUUAUUCCCCAUCUCCGUCUGGUCGAUUUGAACUGCGGCUGCCCUGUCGACAUGGUGUACAAGUCUGGAGCCGGCUCGGCCCUGCUGGACGCCCCCUCGAAGUUGGAGCGGAUGAUACGAGGCAUGAACGCUGUAUCUGGGGAAGUUCCAGUUACUGCAAAGAUAAGAAUGGGCGUCAGAGACGAUAAGCUUACGGCCCAGAAGCUCGUCGAGCGGUUGGCGUUGGGGAGCGAAGACAUGCGCAGCAUAGUCGGCGCGCCUGGGUGUGCGGCGGUCACCUUGCACGGUCGCACGAGGCAGCAGCGGUACACCAAAGCUGCCGAUUGGGGUUACAUCGCCGAGUGUGCGGCUUUAAUCAAGCAGUACAAGGAAAAGACUGACGAGCUGGCCGACACGAUCCGGGAGGCGGAAGAGAACACGAUGCCCAAUGGAGGAAAGAUGUACUUCUUGGGCAACGGCGACUGUUACUCGCACGUUGACUAUUUUGACCACGUCGACAACGCCAAGGUGGACAGCGUCAUGAUCGGGCGUGGAGCCAUUGUCAAGCCGUGGAUCUUUGAGGAGAUCGAGAAAGGCCAGUACCUGGACAAGUCCGCUUCGGAGCGGCUGACGUACAUCGAGAAAUUUGUCCGCUAUGGCAUGGAGGCCUGGGGCUCGGACGAGCUCGGUCUCAAUUACACGCGGCGGUUCCUUCUCGAGUUCCUCAGCUUCUUCCACCGAUACGUGCCCAUUGGACUGUUGGAGCAUCUUCCGCCAAGCCUCAACGACAGACCGCCUGCCUACCGCGGCCGGGACGAUCUUGAGACGCUGCUUGCGAGUAAGAAUUACAAGGACUGGAUCAAGAUCAGUGAAAUGUUUCUGGGACCAGCUCCGCCUGGGUUCAAGUUCCAGCCGAAGCACAAGUCAAACAGCUAUGAGAUUGAGGCAGAGGGUUGA